AUGAAUUUUAACAAUGUCAGUGAUUGCGAACUAUUAAGUGAUGAGCGAGAAAAUGAUCAAGAAGUUCUCCUCAAGCGAACAACAGACAAUGAUGUUGGCUCGACGAAUAAUUGUAGUAUUCAAGUGUCAAGUGUUCCAUCACCAAAAGUUGGUCAAGGCCUCAUGCAAGAAGAGCAUACAAAUAAACGAGGUUGUGAAGUUGAUGAAAUUUCUAACAAGGAGCAUGAUAUUAGCACUCGCAAAUACAAGGAUAAGAUUCAUUUUGAGGUUCAUAAUGAGUCCAAUAUAGGUUUAAGGAAAGAAACAGUUGUUACUGAAGAAGAUAUUGUAACUGAUGAUACAACUGAAGAUCUUUCUUCAGAGUCGAAUGACUUUGGGGUUUUUUUCCACAAGAAGCCUGGAAAGAAUAACUAUUUGACUGACAUGAUGAGGGAAAUAGAUGAGAUGAAGACUAAGAAAGCCAUUUCACAAGGACCAAGAUAUGAUUGUACUUCCGAUGUGGCUACAUCUUCACAUAAACUUCCAAAGGUAUUGGAUGGGGUGGAUGUUCAAACUAAAAGAAGUCAUACCAUCAACAAGACCAAGAACAAAAGGAUACAACAAGAACAAGAUGACAAUGACAUGAUUUCUGAGCAACCUGAACAACAACAACAAAUAGAAGUGCAGGGUAAGAUGGAUCUUUCAGAUGAUGAUUGCAACCUGGAGGCUUGGUCAUCUUGCAAAAAUUCCAAACUGGGUGAAGAAAAUGGAUCAUAUCCCAAAGUGAAAGUAGUUGAAAAGGCAAGAAAGAGAGGGAAAAGGUCAUUUCCCAAAAAGCAUUAAAAAGAAGGCAUAUUGGGCUCACAGGUCCAACCGCGGUCAGGCGCGGAGCAUGGUUCAACCUCAUCCCAACAACAACAUAUUUUGACAUUUUGUUUACUGCCGUUCAUUCAA